AUGGUGCUGGGAAUCGUCCUCCACGGCGCGCUCGCAUACACCCAGUUGCCAUGGAUCGUCCAAGACUCGCAGAAGUGGGUGGGAUUCGAUCACACAUUCGAGUUCAUUCACACUUUCCGGAUGCCCGUGUUCUUCCUGCUCUCAGGAUUCUUCACAGCGAUGCUCUGGCGCCGCCGAGGCACACUCGGACUUGUUUGGCACCGCUCCAAACGAAUCCUCCUCCCGCUGCUCGUCAGCGCCGCGACCAUCAUCCCCGCAACCAUGUGGUCCAUCCAGUACGCCAACCGAGUGCAAAGCAGCGUAGAAGUCGAGCAAGCAGAAGAAACCGAAGUGCUCGACAUCUGGCGCGCCGCCGCAGAAGGCAGCCAAACCCAACUCCGCGCACGAAUCGACGAAGGCGUCGACAUCAACGCCACAGACCCCAACUUCCGCACCACCCCGCUGGGAUACGCCGUCCUCUACGGACAAACCGAUAUUGUGGAAGAGCUCCUUAGCGCCGGCGCCGAACCAAGCACCCAAUACGGCGACGGCGGCACCGCACUCCACACCGCGAUGUUCCUCGGACGAACCGAGAUCACAUCUAUCCUACUCGAUGCCGGCGCCGACUUCGAAGUCAAAAACAUCCGCGGCGAGACCCCCACAAACUCGCUGACUGUCAAUGAACAGAUCACGAUGAUGAUCACCGGCUUCCUCCAACUCGAAGACACCUUCGAAUCCAUCCAAAGCGGCCGCGAUGAAAUUCGCACACUCCUCGAAGAGCGAGGCAAACCAGUUGUAGCCCCAACCCCAAGCGAGCGUUUGCGUAAUCUCGUCAACCUACUGAUCGCGAUCCCAGUCUUCUAUCACCUCUGGUUCCUGUGGCAUUUAUGCUGGUUUGUGGUCGCGUUUGUCGUGCUUGCUGUGAUCACAAAGCCGCUCUCAAAGUUGAGACGACUCGCAUUCCUGACGGCGUUCCCUUGUUGUCUGCUGUAUCUUGUUCCAUUGACCAUGUGGACCCAAUCAUUCAUGGAUCUCCGGAUGGGACCGGAUACCGCGAUUGGUUUGAUCCCUGCGCCGCAUGUGCUUGCUCACUACGCCGUGUUCUACUUCUUUGGAUCGGUGCUCUACAGCACUUUCGGCUCAUCACUCCGGGUCGGGUGGUGGGGAAUCCCGUCACUCAUCAUCGCGGUCGUGCUCUAUCCUGUAGCGCUUUCGAUAGACGAAUCGGGUACAAACGAACAAGGCUUUUUUAACCUGUUCACAUUGAUUCAAUCAGCGAUGGUUUGGCUGACGAUCUACGGCCUCAUUGGCUUCUUCGAAAUCGCCGCGAACGCAGAGAAGCGAUGGAUCCGCUUCCUUUCAGAUUCAUCAUAUUGGCUCUAUCUCGCGCACCUGCCGCUCAUUGUCGUUGUGCAAGUGUGGGUGCUCAACUGGGACGCGCCAUCUUGGAUGAAGUUUGCGGUCGUCACUUCGUCGGUCUUUGUUGUGCUGAUCGUGAGCUACCGAUAUCUCGUGCGUUAUACACCCAUCGGGACGAUGCUCAACGGCAAGCGAUUACGACGCACGAUUGAGCAGAGAGAAUCUUUGGAAUAA